CUCAAAUAGCGCUAUUGAAACCUUCAACUAUUUAGAGUAUUAGUUAAGGUUUGGAAUUGAAAGAGAAUAUAUAUAUAUAUUAGGGUUUGAAGAUGAUAGGGUGGGGAGAUGUUUAUAAUGUGGUGGUUGCAAUGUUUCCACUCUAUGUUGCAUUAAUGUUAGGUUAUGGUUCUGUGAAAUGGUGGAACAUAUUUACACCUGAUCAGUGUGGAGCCAUAAACCGUCUUGUUUGUUUCUUCACACUCCCUUUUUUCACCUUCGAGUUCACAACCCAUAUCGAUCCUUUCAAGAUGAAUUACAAAUUCAUCGCCGCCGAUGUAAUAUCGAAGGUUAUCAUUGUCGUGGUGCUUGCUUUCUGGGCUAAAUGUAGUAGCAAAGGAAGCUAUUGUUGGUCCAUUACGAGUUUCUCGUUAUGCACUUUGACGAAUACCCUAGUUGUUGGUGUGCCUUUGAUCAAAGCCAUGUAUGGUGCAAUGGGGGUGGAUCUUGUGGUCCAAGCAUCGGUGAUCCAAGGCAUCAUAUGGCUCACGGUUCUCCUGUUCGUCUUAGAAUUCCGACGAACAGGGAUCGACGCCUCUUCUUCUUCGAAUACGAAUACUAAUCGUGGUGAGGAUGUAGAGAAGGAUGUGGACGAAGGCAACACAAUUGCUACUAGGCCUUCAUUUUGGUCUUUGAUGAAGAAGGUUUGGCUGAAAAUGGCUAUGAAUCCAAACUCGUAUGCUUGUAUCAUUGGGAUUGUUUGGGCUUUUAUAGCUAACAGGUGGCAUAUUGAAACACCUAGCUUGAUGGAAGGAUCUGUUUUGAUCAUGUCAAAAGCUGGGACUGGCACUGCCAUGUUUAGUAUGGGGAUUUUCAUGGCAUUACAAGAAAAGGUGAUAGCCUGUGGAACAAGUUUAGCAGUGAUUGGGAUGGUGUUAAGGUUCAUAGCUGGACCAGCAGCUAUGGCUAUUGGUUCCAUUGCUGUUGGCUUGCAUGGUGAUGUCUUACGUGUUGCCAUUAUACAGGCAGCACUGCCACAAUCCAUAACAUCUUUCAUCUUUGCCAAAGAAUAUGGUUUACAUGCACAAGUGAUUAGCACAGCGGUGAUAUUCGGGAUGAUGGUAUCUCUUCCAGUGUUGAUAGCAUAUUUUGCUAUCUUGGAGUUCGUACAUUGAUCCUCUCUGAAAAACUUGGCCACACCCAGACUCAGUCACUCUUUUGUUCUUUUCCUUUCUCCUCUCUUCUUUUCUCUUCUCCUCUUCUUGGUUUGGAAACUAUUGGAACUAAAUUAAUUAUUGCUUCCAUAUUUCUUACUGGCUUCACUACAAAUAGUGAUGUUAUCUUGUAUUGUUAAUUGCGCGAGCUCAUAGGUUGACCCAAUAGACACCUGAAGAGUAGUGACCAAA